AUGCUUCCUGGUCAGUCUGCCGCUACGUCCGGACACCUAGGAGGCUCACGCCGGUCUCAGGUGACCCUCAUAAGAGAUCACCAGGCUUGCAUUCCCCUUACUAAAGUACUCGACGAUGGCGAUAUAGUGGUUCUGCUCACACCCGUUGUUCAACCUGUUCAGCCUGAUGCCGGUGAUAGUAACGAUCCAUUUGAGCCACUUGGCCGAGCCUUGGCCUCAAAGCAUCCGUGGAUCCGGCAUGUCCCGUACACAUCUCGGAACGGAAUGACCAGUACACAUGUCGGCUUCAUUAAACGUGCUAAAAUUGUUGUCUUCGUCAUCUCCGGGCUUCCGAGUGCCGGCCAAUCAUCUCAAGUUGAGAUUGGCUUAAUGGCGCGGAUGGUGGGGGAGCAACGACCUCAAAUUAUCGUGGCUUGCCAAAAUGUGCACGACCUUGGCCUUAUGGAAGCGAAUUUUCCCACUAUAGUUCAAAUACCUGGAUACCUACCUUCUGAUUUACGAACUGCAGCAGCCGUUUUAUUUGGCGAAGUUACAGCUACGAGCACUGCCGGAUUAGAUGUGCAAUCUUUGAUGAUAGAGCCGAAAUUUUGGCCCCCAGAAAACUGGGACGGGCUCAAUGUGGCCCCGGUGCAAGAGCUCUGGAAUCAGUGUCUGCCUGAUCAAUUUCACCUGGAAAAAUUCCCUCUGCAAUCUCUACUCCAGCGUGAUGGUUAUGCGAUGCACUUCGUCGUAAGACUACCCGAGAACCGCGAGGUGGUCGGGUUUUGUGCGACUUAUACCACAUUUGUGGAUCGGGAAGGCGAGAGAUUAAUUGGGUCUUUGGCUAUGAUUAUUGUUAAACCGGCCUAUCGGCGGCGUGGUAUUGGGCUUAGUCUGUACGAACACGCUCUUAAACAGCUAAAGAGGAUUCGUGGAGUCGAUCGGAUUCAAUUGGGUUCUACGUUCCCCCGCCUCCUGAGCGGAAUACCUGCGGCAUCUGCGUCCGAAGGGUGGUUUCGGAGGCGGGGCUGGCAAAUGGAUGGUCAGGUUCCAGGUCGCGGCCAGGAUAUCUGCGAUUGGAUCUUAAGAAUUAAUGAUUGGCCAAGCGGCGGGUUGUCAGCGGCUUCCGCCGGAUUGGCUUUCCGACAGGCUACAUUCGACGAUUUUAACUCGAUCGCGGACUUUGUGGAAAGAGAAUCUACUAGCAAAGAUUAUACGGGUUGGUAUGACCAGUAUAUGAACCUCGCAAAUGAUGGUCGCAUCGGCGAUAUUGUUCUCGGAUUAGAGCGAUCAGAAAUUGUCGCUUCUGCAUUGAUAUACACCCCAAUUGAAGUUAGCUCAUUGGCACAAGACCUGCCUUGGGCACGGACGAUUGGAUCUGACGUGGGGGGUGUAGCAUGCAUCUGCAUUGCAGACGGUAAUCCGGCCAUGACUACUAGUAAGGACACGGUUAUGAUCAGAUUACUUGACACCUGCGUCACCAUUCUCAAAGAACAAGGCAUGGACCGCGUGUUUCUCGAUGCCGUAAAAGGUGGCUAUGAAGGAUUUCAAUCAAUGGGGUUCCAGAAGUGGGCCAUAUAUAGAGAUCUUUGGCAGUCAAUAUGA